AUGCAGCUGCCGCCAGCGUCGGUCGUACUGAGCUGGCCGACCCCCAACUAUGACGACCCAGUCACGCGAGGGCCAGCACUUAUCAUAGUCAACUCGGUCUUCAUAACACUGACAUUUCUGAUUUUGUUCGCAGUGUGCCUCACAAUUGUUGUCCUCUUGGCAAACAAGUCGUACGGAUGGGAUAGACAUGUGUGGGACAUACCAAUUUCCAAUUUUGUUCCAACAUACAAAAUCGCCAUGACAGCCAAGGUGGUCUUCACAGCAGCAGCAUCAUUCACAAGGCUCUCUCUACAUUGCUUCUACUACCGUCUGGUCUCUGAUUCAGGAAAAUCAUGGUUUAGGUGGCUGGUCCACUUCAACGUUUUCUACACAAUCUCCUGCUUUGUGUCAUUUACCUGCAUCGCGAUAUUCUUUUGUGUGCCCAUCAGCAAUUACUGGACUCUUGGCGCGCCAGCAGAGACCUGCCUGAAUGAAGCAGAUGCGACUCUGAUUGUUGGAAUAAUCAACUGUGUUGCAGAUCUCCUGACGACAGUGACACCUAUCCCUUUGGUCAUGGGCCUUCAAAUGCCUCUCCAUCAACGUCUAGCAGUGGCCUUUUUCUUUGGUAUGGGUUUCAUAGUGACUGCUGCUGGCAUCGUGCGAACUUGGUUCAUAUAUCGAAGUCUUUACAACGAAUGGGAUCAAACAUGGUACGCAUAUCCACUAUGGAUUGCAGCUGCCGUGGAGAUUGAUCUGGGAGUGAUGUGCGCAUCAGCUCCCGUUCUCAAGCCACUGCUCGCGAAGAUACCCUGGAGUCUGUCCGGAGCGCUGACAGGAGGUUUAUCUUUCAAGAAAUCAUCACUACACACCUCUAAAACGCUUACGACCAGUCAAUCAGCAGCCUUCAUGUCAAAGCGAAGAUCCACCGCUCCUCAAAGCGUGCCAGAGCUUAUGUAUGACAAAGGUCAUAGUUACGAGAUGAAAAACUGGGAGGAUGCGGGAACAAGACAUUCGAACACCGAUUUAGAAAGAGGCUCCCAAGAGACGGGUUCCGAAGACGAGGAAAGGCCAAAGAAUGGCACGACGCGUUGGCUAGAAAAACUUCGAACAAAAACUACAUCGACAAGGAAUAGUGAGGACAUGACUAUUACCUUAACUAGCCAAGUGGAGCUCAAGAGCGAACCUGCAGCAUUGCGCGAUGGUUCUGCGAGCCGAUACAGGUCGUUUCACGAGAAUCAUAUGCCACUUGACGAGAAUCAUAUGCCGCUUCCACCAUCGAGACCUGGACGAGCUGCGUCGACCAACGACCAAAUAAGACAAUCCAAUAGUAGGAUAUGA